UUUGACGAACCAGCCACAACGAGCAACUAGGCCUCUGUAACAUCUUAAUUUUUAUAGCUGUAGAUUUAAUUACUCUGAAUUAUUUUCAAGAUGUCUGUAGCACGCAGUGUACAAGAGACCAUGCGGCUUCCACCAUUACCAACAAUUAAAGAUAUACUGAGGCUCUAUCGCUUGCGUGCCUUACGGCAGUUGUCACAAAAUUUUCUGCUGGACCAACGCCUGACAGACAAAAUCGUGAAAGCAGCUGGCAACAUAAGGAACAGCGAGGUUUGUGAAGUUGGACCUGGUCCUGGUGGAAUAACCCGCUCUAUACUCAACAGAGGGCCAAGUCAACUCAUUGUCAUAGAAAAGGACAGACGUUUUAAACCUGUUUUAGAUCUCUUGGAGGAGUCAUCUAACCAGUGCAUGAAGGUUAUCCUAGGAGAUGUAAUGAAUUUUGACAUGAGCAAAAUAUUUUCUGAGAACAAGAGGCAGGAAUGGGAGGACUGCCCACCACAUAUACACAUCAUUGGUAAUCUUCCAUUUAGUGUGUCAACACCGCUCAUCAUCCGCUGGCUGCAAGCAAUGUCUGAGAGGAAAAAUGCCUGGUCUUACGGUCGUACCCGGCUCACGUUAACAUUUCAGAAGGAAGUGGGAGAACGAAUGGUUGCUGACAUCAUGUCAGCACAACGCUGUCGACUGUCUGUCAUGUGCCAGAAUUGGUGCACAGUGGAACACAAAUUCAUUAUACCUGGAAGAGCAUUUAUUCCUAAACCAGAAGUGGAUGUCAGUGUCGUACGCUUCACACCAUUGGUUCAACCCCAGAUUCCUCUACCAUUCAAACUAGUGGAGAAAGUCGUGCGCAACAUAUUUGGUUUCCGUCAGAAGUACAGCAUCCGAGGGGCAGAGACACUGUUCCCAGUCCCAGUACGAAAACAGCUUGGUAAGGAAAUGUACAGUCUUGCAGAUGUUAAUCCCCUGACACGGCCUUUCCAACUUACUAUCGAGGAGUUUGGGCGACUGUGCCAGGCAUACUGCAGUAUAUGUGAUCGUGAUCCUAGACUCUAUAAAUACAACCAUCGAGCAGCCACAGAAGAACGUGAACAUUUUGACAACUUGUAUGAUGAGGAACAAGAUUUAAUAGAAGAUGUACCACACUGAAAUACAUGAUGAACUCCUGUAAAUUGUAAUGACCUUAGAAAACAUUUGUCACGAUCAGUGUUAAGCAGCUGGUUUAGAAGUCGUAAGGUCUGUGAUGUAAUGAAACACUGUUUCCUAAUACAAAAAUAAUAGCUGUAAUUAUAUCAGUAAAUACAAUAAAACCCAAAUUCAAAGUUU